AUGAAGGAGACCAAGGUACUGGAGGAAGGCGGCGUCGCUCUGCUGCCUGAAUCGCUGCUGAAGAUCGCAAAGCGUGAGCUGAGGGAGGACAAGUGUACGAGGGAACAGAGUCUGGAGCAGCUGCGCAACUGGGUGUUGAAGAACGAGGAUCUGCAGAAUGUUCGGUGUGAUGACACAUUUCUGCUGCGCUUUCUGCGGGCCAAAAAGUUCAGUGUGCCGAUGGCGGAGCAGACGCUGCUGAAGUAUCUGAACAUACGUCGCACAUUUCCGCACAUGGCCACCAAGCUGGACUUUCUGGAGCCGCGUCUCAGCGAUGUGAUUGAACAGGGAUACAUAUUUGCGGUGCCGAAGCGGGAUAAGCAUGGACGUCGGGUGGUGAUCAUCAAUGCCAAAGGUUUGAAUCCAAAGUUACACACAAGCUGCGAUCAGGCGAAGGCACACUUUCUCACCUACGAGUGCCUGAUGGAGGAUCAGGAGACACAGAUUACCGGACUGAGUCAUGUGGGUGACUUUGCGGGCGUCACCACAUCGCAUGUGACCAACUGGAAUCCCACAGAGUUCGCACGCAUCUUCAAAUGGGGCGAACAAUCGCUGCCGAUGCGCCACAAGGAGAUUCACCUGAUCAAUGUGCCCUCGACACUCAAGUGGCUGAUUGAUUUUGUGAAGAAUCGCGUCAGCUCGAAGAUGAAAAAUCGUCUCAUCAUCUACGGCAGCGAGAAGGAGCUGAUGAAGGGCGUCGAUGCCGAGUGUCUGCCCCAAGAGAUGGGCGGAACCAUGCCCAUGCGUCAGAUGAUCGAGCUAUGGAAACAGGAGUUGGCUGCCAAGCGGGACAUGAUCUUGGCCCUCGACGAGAGCAUAUUGCUCUCGGAUCGUGGCAUUCAACGGCGCAGCAGUUACAACUCGGAGAAGACAAGCACGGGCACCAAUUUCGUCUCACAGAUCGAGUCCAUUGAGGGCAGUUUUCGAAAACUGGAAUUCGAUUAG